CCUCCUGUCCUGUCUCAGCGGCUGCCAGCAGAUCAUGAGCCAUCAGCUGCUCCGGCUGUAGGACGACAAAACUCACCAAAGGACCAAGCGCAUCGAGCAGCAUGGGACAGUGUCGGUCAGCCAACGCGGAGGAUGCCCAGGAAUUCAGUGACGUGGAGAGGGCCAUUGAGACCCUGAUCAAGAACUUCCACCAGUAUUCGGUGGAGGGUGGGAAGGAGACGCUGACCCCCUCCGAGCUACGGGACCUGGUCACCCAGCAGCUGCCCCACCUCAUGCCGAGCAACUGCGGGCUGGAAGAGAAGAUUGCCAACCUGGGCAGCUGUAACGACUCUAAACUGGAGUUUGGGAGCUUCUGGGAGCUGAUCGGAGAAGCAGCCAAGAGCGUGAAGCUGGAGAGUCCUGUCCGGGGAAGCUGAACCUCUUUCCUGGAAUUUUGGGGGGAUGUUGGGGAAAGGGGACCUUAGAGCCUGUGGGCCCAGAAAUAAAACUCCUCUCUCCCCCACCCCUCCGUGCUUGCCCAGCCCUCCUGCCUCACCCCUGCAGGGCUCAGGUUCAGAAUGGCACUUCCCGGGGCCUCCUCUGUGCACUUUGUCCCUGGGAGUUCCAUGGAGCUCAUAGAUCCAGGAGUUCCCCACCAGAGGGAGGCUCAGGGGGCGGGUUGGGGCCAGGGAGGGACGUGGAGGGAUGCUCGAGGGUUGAGGAUGGUGUAAGGGCCAAGUCUCUUAGUAGUGGGGGAAGGGCGAGAGGAGCGGAGCCACGGGAAAUGAUUGGAAGUGGGUGGGAAUAGGGCUGGAUAUUCGGUACUAAUGAGGGUCUCUUAAGAACCUACCUCUCCUCAUCUCUUCCCCGACCCAAACUGGAGCUGUCUGUCGGCGCUGUCCCUCCUGGCCUCCAGCUCUGCCCCAGCCUCUGCCGGGGCCUCUGUCCUGGCUCAGCACAGGGGAAGAGGGCUAGCAGGGUCGGGGAGAGGCCGAGGAGGGUGACUUUUGGGAGUGAGAGGACCAGCUGGGUGCUUGGGCAUUUACAGAAUGAUGGUCAUUUUGUAUCCUUUGAUUAAUAAAAAAUGGAAAAAGUGAAAGAGA